CACACACACACACACACACACACACACACCCUUCCUGUGACACGCACACACACACCUCCCUCCUCACUAACUCUCAGUGUGCCGAGCUGCUCCUGACAGGAGGUGGUGUGGAAAGUUUGACGCAUGCUUGGAAAUGGGAUUCUGAUCAAGCGUGAGGAUCCAACGCAAAGCCAUGCUUACUGUCGCUUCUUCAUCCAAGCAUACCGGAGUCAUGUGCCAUGGAAACCGCAACGGGACCAGUUGGGAUCACCCUAAGGAUAUGCACGUGAAAGUGGACUGACCUAGGCCAGUCAUGGAGGCUGAGUGGAACUGCAGCUCCCGCUGUGAUUCCGAGCUGUGUCUCAGCCACUCAAGGAUCCACAGGCAGGAGAGCAUGGAGGUGUUGCAGAGACUGUGCAGUCUCAGUCGGGUAAUCAUUAUUCUUGCUCGUCACUACAGCAAGAAAAACAAAAUAACUAAUAGCAGCGGCUUCCUGUUUGCCGUCGAUCCACGACCGCACCCUCAAAUGGAAGCGUCGACAGCUGUACUACACGCCCGGGUGUGGACCCUCUGUCUCGGCAGCACGAUGGUGUUUGGACCUAUUUUAGGGAAAACAUGGCGCCUGUACAGAGUGUUCACCCAGAGAGUGCCCGACAAGAGAGUGAUCAUCAGAGACAUUCAGCUAAUGGCCAUGGUGGCUCUCUUGAUCCUGGUGGACCUGCUGGUCCUGUCUGCCUGGAACCUCUCAGACCCCAUUCGCUGUUCUAGAUCACUCGGUGCAGUCGUUAAGAUGGUGGAUCAGAACAUCUCCUAUUCUUUGUCUCAGAUUAAUUCCUGCUCUUCUGCUUACUGGGAUCUGUGGGUUAUAAUUAUAGUUGUUAAAAAGGUAGGUUUUCUCCCCAUUCUCGACAAAUAUAACCAUUCGAGAUUGGCCAUACCGGUAUCCAUCUUCAUGCCGGCUUGGCCCAACGUGGUCUACAGCAUCGUGGCUGGUGCCAUUUUCAUCUGCACGCUCGCCACCAACUGCAUGCUCUUCGUGCCCCAGCUGACCGAGUGGAGGCAUUUUGAGGAGGACCACCCCAACCCGAGUCAGAUGGCCAAGUACUUCAGCAGCCCCAGUAAAAGCCAGCCUACAGUCUACAGCCAGGAAGAUAUCUACUUCCUCCUCGGGGAGAACAACUCCAUGAAAAAGCUUCUCAGCGAGAAGAACGCUGUGAUUGACAGCUUGCAAGAGCAGGUGAGCAACGCCAAAGACAAACUUCUGCGUCUGGUGUCAGCCAGCCAAACGUCCGAGGAGCAGGAGGCGGACAACUUCCAGUCCUCCUCCACUCAGACCACGGAACUUCAGUCCUGUCGACUUUCAGCUUCUCUACCUCAUGGCGAUGUCAAGUCCAGACUCUCACCGCCGCCAUCUGUUUCCCCUCGUCUCGUCGCUGUUCCCUCGUCAUCUAGUUGUCCGGGAUCUUACGAUCAUUCCCCUUUGCCAUCUUCUGUAACACCCACCGCUGCCCCAUCUCCUCUUUCCGGUGGAUUGGAUGCAGACCCGUGCGAGUCCAGAGCAGAGGACCCACUCCAAUCUUCGGGCUUUCAUAGGACAGCAGAGGAGAAGGCGAAAUUUGUCACGUUCCCACAAUCCCCCAGACUUUUGAACCCUUUUGAGGUAGAAACGUUGACCAGUGGACCAACAUCGCCCUUGGGACCAAACACCAGACCAGCUGGUUUCGUUAGUAGCGAGAAGUUGCAGGAGAUCCUCCAAGAACUGAGUGUGGACACGGUCUUGGCAAGUGUUCUAAAAUCUGCGAGGGUGCCUUCUCAUAGCAGAUUUACAGAGGAUUCCUCACUUUCACCCAUCUCUAUGCGGACACCGCGUUCCCCUAACUCUCCUGUAGUCUUUCGCUACCCCAGCAUCUCACCCUACGCUAUGCGGAAACGUCGACCGCCUUUCCAUUCGCCGAGACGUGGUUUGACGCCACCUUGCCUUCACGCAGAGAGGCGGAUAAAGGACGGCUGUCAGAAUCGAAAGAAGCAUCCGGAGGGAAUCACAAUAAAUGGGGGAGUUUCGGUGGAUGGUUCCAUCCUCCAGGUUCCCAACUGCGAUUUUAACUUGAAAGAUGAAGAAGUGGGAAGUAUGGCAUCAAGGUCUCACGAAUGUUCUCCGGAGCUCGUCGAUACAUCUGACAUGGAGAUGGGUUGCGACAGCCAGGAGCUCAGCAAGGAGCUCGCCCGCAGAAACAGCGGGGACCCCCACGGGUACUGGGAUUCAGACUCAAGCAGCUCCACGGAGUACUGUUUCUACCACAGACCCUAUUGCGACUCUUGCUUGCAGCGAGGCUCGCUGCUGUCCUCGGACUCCUCAGACAGCGAGUACGAAGGUUACCAACUCUGCCGCUCUGCACAUCCGGUGGUGUUCAAGGAAGACCUCAAACCAACAUUUGUAUAAAUACCAUUUGUGUAACGUUUUCACUGAAUACACAAGAUUGAAUAAAAAAAAUUCCAUA